GGCUCACACACACACAGACACGUGCGCUUAUAUCAGUUAUUCUCCGUCAAGUUUCUUUCUUCUCUGUCCUGUCCAGGUGUGUUGCACCAUGCUAACCCGUCUGUUCCGUGUGCAUGGCCUCCUGGUGGCCUCCCAUCCUUGGGAAGUUAUUGUUGGCACAGUAACACUGACCAUAUGUAUGAUGUCAAUGAACAUGUUCACGGGUAAUGACCAGAUCUGUGGCUGGAACUUUGACUGCCCCAAAUCAGAUGAGCAAAUUCUGAGCAGUGACAUCAUCAUCCUGACCAUCACACGAUGCAUUGCCAUCAUCUACAUUUACUUCCAGUUCCAAAAUUUGAGACAACUGGGAUCCAAAUACAUUUUAGGUGUUGCUGGCCUUUUCACAAUAUUCUCCAGCUUUGUAUUUAGUACUGUGGUGAUUCACUUUCUUGACAAAGAGCUCACUGGCCUCAAUGAGGCUUUGCCCUUCUUCUUGCUUCUCAUUGACCUCUCCAAAGCAUGUGCACUUGCCAAGUUUGCAUUAAGCUCCAAUUCUCAGGAUGAAGUUCGGGACAAUAUUGCUCGUGGCAUGGCAGUACUUGGACCAACCUUCACGCUAGAUGCCAUGGUGGAAUGCUUAGUGAUCGGAGUGGGAACCAUGUCAGGUGUGCGACAGUUAGAAAUUAUGUGCUGUUUUGGAUGCAUGUCUGUCUUGGCCAACUACUUUGUGUUCAUGACAUUCUUCCCUGCAUGUGUAUCACUGGUCUUGGAGCUGUCCCGUGAGAGCCAAGAAGGCCAUCCUAUCUGGCGGCUUAGCCACUUCUCGAGAGUGAUGGAGGAGGAGGACAACAAACCCAACCCUGUAACCCAGAGGGUGAAAAUUAUCAUGUCUCUGGGCCUUGUGAUGGUUCAUGCCCACAGCCGUUGGCUCGCUAAGACCUCGCCCAUCAACACCACGGCGGGUGUUUCACAGUUUGGUACAGAGUUGGACCAUAUCUCCCCCAGGAGAAUCAAGCCAGAGAAACCCCUCUGGAACUUCUACCUGAACAGGAUGAUAACCAUGGACAUCGAGCAGGUGAUCACUCUUUGCUUGGCCCUGCUGCUGGCCAUCAAGUACAUCUUCUUUGAGCAUGUGGAGAGGGAGUCUGCACUGUCAUUGAAGAACAUCAUCAUGACAUUGUCUCCCGCACUGACGGCACGGCAACCUGCUGAAGCGUGCUGCAGGAAGGCGCUUGCUGCUCCUAGAGAUCUUCCCUCACCCCAGAGUGUGUUCCUCCCACUACUGGUCAACAAGGAAGAGAGAGAUGAAGUUAUCCGGCCCCUGCCGGGUCCAGUUGUUGACCCCCAGCUGAAGAGCUCCGUUGUCAGGGUAGAAGAUGGAGAGGUCACAUGUCAGGUCAACUGCUCCUCAAAUCCCAGAGAUCUGGAUACAUGUCUGGCCAUCUUUAAAGACCUGGAGUUGGGGCCUCAUUUUUUAAGUGAUGCUGAAGUGAUGCUGCUGGUCAACUUGAAACACAUCCCUUCAUAUAAACUGGAGGAACUGAUGGAGAGACCAGAGAGGGGAGUGGCCAUAAGAAGGCAGAUGAUAUCGGAAAACCUUCCAUUCCCAUCUGCGCUGUCCUCAUUGCCAUACUGUAACUAUGACUACUCCAAGGUUAUGGGCACUUGCUGUGAGAAUGUAAUUGGUUACAUGCCAGUACCAGUGGGUGUGGCUGGACCACUUCAUCUGGAUGGGAAACAGUUCCAGGUUCCUUUGGCAACCACAGAGGGCUGCUUGGUUGCCAGCACCAACCGUGGAUGUCGAGCAAUUGCUCUGGGAGGCGGUGCCAUGAGUUCAAUCCUGGCUGACGGCAUGACACGCGGACCUGUGGUAAGGCUUUCCUCUGCACUGCAAGCUGCUGAAGUCAAAGCCUGGCUGGAGAGUGCAGAAGGAUUCCAGACCAUCAAAGAGGCCUUUGACAAAACAAGCAGGUUUGCUCGACUUCAGAAGCUGCUGGUUGGCCUGGCUGGUAGAAAUCUGUAUAUUCGCUUCCGUUCCAAGACAGGAGAUGCGAUGGGGAUGAACAUGAUCUCAAAGGGCACAGAGCAGGCACUACACCGGCUGCAACUACAGUUCCCAGAGCUGCAGGUCAUUGCCAUCAGUGGAAACUACUGCACAGACAAGAAGCCAGCUGCCAUAAACUGGAUUGAGGGCCGGGGCAAGUCUGCUGUGUGUGAGGCCACCAUCCCAGGCAAAGUAGUCCGAGAGGUUUUGAAGACGACCACUGAAGCUCUGGUGGAGUUGAAUAUCAGUAAGAAUCUCGUGGGCUCGGCCAUGGCUGGCAGCAUCGGUGGAUUUAAUGCGCAUGCAACCAACCUGGUGACAGCGAUCUUCAUAGCCUGUGGACAGGAUCCAGCCCAGUCAGUGGGCAGCAGUAAUUGCAUAACCCUCCUGGAGGCGUCAGGUCCAACAAAGGAGGACCUGUACAUCAGUUGUACCAUGCCGUCCAUAGAGCUGGGUACUGUGGGGGGGGGCACCAACCUGCCGCCGCAGCAGGCUUGUCUCCAGAUGCUGGGUGUGCAGGGAGCCCGUCAGGACUGUCCCGGGGAAAAUGCCCGGCAGUUGGCGAGGAUAGUAUGUGCCACCGUUCUGGCUGGAGAACUGUCACUCAUGGCGGCUCUGGCAGCUGGUCAUCUGGUGAAGAGCCACAUGACUCACAACAGGUCCAAACUGAACCUGCAGCAGAUUCCAGAAACAUGCACCAACAAAAUCACCUGAGAAUGACCAUAAACCAUUCAUGAACUUCAUUUCCUCAAAGUGCUUUCAAAGAAGAUCCUGCUUUGACCAGCAGAACACUGAAACGGAACGGAUCUGCACACUCCAAACUAACCGUCCUGUUUAUUUUCUGCACCUGUUUUCUGCAGCUCACCUGCUUUUUGCACAAAUGACAAGUGUUGUCAGUUAAGUGGAGGGCGUUUGGAGUUAAUAUGAAGCAUUUUGCUGGAAAAUGGAUAAAAUGGUUAAUUUUCUGUCAAACACCCAUUUGAAUGUGUGCAACUGCAAAAGAAUUUUACACAACAGAAUAGAAUUAUUUCUAGCUCUGCUUCCUGAUGACCUGCAGGUGGACAGACACACGAAUGAGAUGGACACUGUGAUGUCUAUGUACUUCAGAAACCAGGCUUAUCGUCUGUGUGCACAAAAAA